AUGACCGCUUCUACAAACAUCGCCACUGCGGCGGUCGUGAUUUCGGGUGCAUCGGUGAUCGCGUGCCUUUUCCUUGCCGUUCAGAUCUUCAACGAUGUCAACUCGUUCAAUGACGAUGUUCUCGCCGAGAUGAACUUGUUCAAGGACAAAUCCAACCAUGCCUGGAACGCCAUCAAUGAUGUGAUCAUGCCAAAGAACGCCAACCCAUUCUUGUUUGCCAGAUCCAAGAGAGGAUACGCCCUCCCAGGAGGCGGUGACGGUGGCGGUUGCCAAUGCUCUCCAGGAUCCAACACCUGCCCACCAGGACCACGUGGACCACCAGGUCAGCCAGGUUUGGACGGACUUCCAGGAGCCCCAGGACAGCCAGGACACAAUGGUGGCGCUGGAGCCGCUGGUGGAGGCAGUGGAGGAGCUGGAGGAUGCAAGGUUUGCCCGGCUGGACCACCUGGACGACCAGGACCAAUGGGACAACCAGGACGCCCAGGAAACGAUGGAGCUCCAGGAGCCCCAGCCUACGGAGGAGGCGUUGGAGCUCCAGGACCAGCCGGUCCACAAGGUGACAAGGGACCAGAUGGACUUCCAGGACCAGCUGGAGAACCAGGACACCCAGGAAAGAACGCCAUCUCAGGAGGAGCCCGCCCAGGACCACCAGGACCACCAGGUCCACCAGGACAGCCAGGACAUCCAGGAGCUCCAGGAGGUGGAUAUGGGGUCGGACCACCAGGACCACCAGGACCACCAGGACAACCAGGACAUCCAGGACAGCCAGGAGCCGAUGGGCAACCAGGAGCCCCAGGAAACGAUGGAGCCCCGGGAACCGAUGCCGCUUAUUGCCCAUGCCCAUCGCGUGGAGGAGCUGGACACGGUGGAGCUGCCGGAGGCGGAUUUGGCGGCGGUGCCGUCGGAGGAGGAUACGGUGGUGGGGCUGGAUCCCACGCUCAAGGAUACUCGCGCAGAAAGGUCGCCAGAUCCCGCGUCGUUCUCGCCAAGAAGCGCGUCGCUGUCCACAAGAAGAGAGCUCGUCUCGUCCACGCCCAAUAA